CAAUCCCCAUGUCAACAUAACACUCCUCGUCGUCUUCUUGCUUUCAUCUUACUCUCAGUCCGCAUUGAAGACGCUUCUUCACAGGGACUCAGCUCCUCUUGCUCGCAGGAGUCUAAUUCAUCCUCCUUUUCUCCCUUCCUGCCUGUCACAUUACCUCACUGUCCUCUACUCCCUACCCUAACAGUCUCCCACAUACUCGAUCCACACGACAAUGGCAGAAGUCCAAGUCCGCGGUAGCGGUACAAGAGGACGGGGCGGAUUCAGAGGCGGUAGAGGCGGUUUCAGAGGGGGCAGAAAUUCCGGCAGAACACAUCAAAGAGCAGACAAUGAGCAAGAGAACAUUCCUCCAACAUCGCUCGAAGACCAGGGUGAAACUGGUGAACUCAAGAGAAAGUUUGGCGACCAAUUGCCCCUAUUGAGAGAGAUUUGCCCUGGCUGGAGUGAUGAAGAUCUUGUCUAUGCGCUCAACGAGACAGAUGGCGAUGUGAAUGCAGCUGUUGACCGGAUCUCAUCUGGUACGAUCUCUCAGUGGGGUGAAGUGAAGAAGAAGCACCCAAAACCGAAGGAAGUCCCUACCGCAACAGCAGAAACUGGCGCUCGUGGUCGUAGUCGUGGUGGCUUUGAAGGUCGCGGAAGAGGUCGUGGCGCAGAACGCGGUGCUAGAGGCGGCCGCGGUGCCAAAUCAGUGGCUCACACAAAUGGUACUAAGGACACCAAAGCGACGGAUGGAUGGGACACUGGUGCACCGGCCCAAGGUGCGGAAACUGCUGCUGGCUGGAACACUGUGCCGACAAAUGGUGACAAUGCCGCUACCAACGACGAUUGGGCAAAUGAACCCGGCAAAGACUCAUUGAACUCUCUACAAACCGAAGAGCCCAAGCCGGCCUCAGGUGCGGCACCUGCCACUGCAAAACCAGGCGGAUGGGCUGGAUUGUUUGCGAAACCACCUCCUGCGCCCAAGCAGGCUCCUGCACCACCACCACCUCCUGCCGCGAAACCCGAAGAGCCAGCAGCUGAACCCGAGCCUGCGCCUGUCGCUGAGAUAGCCCAAACCGAGCCAGCUCUACCUCCUCCCAUCGAAUCAGCAUCGAGCGAAGUUGGACCAAGCGAACUACCAUCUGCGCCUCACUCCGACACAGGAAAGGAAUUGACACCUGGAAAGGAUGAACUUACAGAGAAGAACCUGGAGAAACUACCUGACACAUCCCAUCCGGUUGCAUCGGGAACUGCUGCCAGCACAGUCGCAAGCACUCAAGAUCCUCUGGCCGCCCACGAUAACGCCAGACCAGCCAUUCGACCUGGCAUGUCCGGCUUUGCAGCCACGGCGCUGAAGGCAACUGCUGGAGGUAGCCGGACUUCCAGCUAUGCAAGAAAAGUGAUGGACCAACAAGAGGCCGUUGUGAUGCCAGGUCACCAAGCAAUCGAGAAGGCAGCAGUCCAGUUUGGCAAGUUGGGAAUGAAUGCACCGGAUGACGUCGAUGUGGACGAGGAUAGAGAGGAGCCUGAGACUCGAACUCAGCUUCCAGAUGACUCUCCUGUUGCUCCACGAGCCUCGCUGCCACCAUCUCUUUCCGAGGCACAACAAACAACUCCUUCCGUCCAGGCUCAAGCACCUGCAGACACCCAACCAAUGCUACAACGACAAGCACCAGGUCUGCCGCCAGCUCCUCAACAGGCGCAGCAACCAUCGCCUCAAUCCUCAUCCGCUUACGCAGAUCAAUACAGAUACGGACAAAGUCAGAAGUACGAUCCAUUUGGUCAGCAGACACAAACUGCACAGGUUCAAGCGCAAAAUCAAGAACCAUUCUCGAACCAGGUCCCUGGUCAACCAGGUGCAACUGCUUCGCAGAACGACUACGCCUCCUACUAUGGCCGUGAUGCAUACAACUACUACGGAGGGUAUGGUCAGGGCCAGGACGCUCAUCGCACUGCCAAUGCGUUUGGUACCUCAGCCCCGGAUACUCAAGCCCAAUAUGCCACCUCACGCCCUCAACAAGGUAUGGCACAGGACACGCCAGGAAGUGGUCAGAACACUCCCGCGCCUGGUAUGCCCAGCCACCCCACUCAGCAGCACUCUGGCCAUUUGCAGAGUCAAGGCCAUGGUUAUCCUGGAUAUGGCUAUCCCAAUGCUUACAAUCAGCAAUAUCCUCAAUAUUCUGCAAACUACAUGAACCAGAUGACUCAUCGCUACGGAGCCAACCGACCCAUGUUUGAUGAUGCUCGUCGACAGGCACAGGCACAGGGACAACAGGACAGCGACUACUAUGGCAGCCAGUACAACUAUGGUCAAAAUCACUACGGAGCUGCAUACAAUUCCAAAAUGUAUGGCCAGCCCCAGCAGGGUUACUCUUAUGAACAUUCCUCUUCCCCAGCCAAUACUACCGGCUACGGUCGCGAAGCAGGAUAUGGGCGAACUGGUUCUGCUCAACCUGCUGAUGCUCCACCAAGUGCUAGUGGUAGCGUCGCAUUCGGGAGUGUCCCAGAUCCUUUCGGCCGAACUUCUUCUGGUUUUGGACAGACUCAGCAACAUGGUGCUCACUCCGGAAGUGAUGAUCCUACCAAGGCAUCUGGUCCAAGCCCUUCGAUGCAAGGUGGACGUCCAACAUCUGCUGUCAACAGUCUACCUGGCCAACAAGGUGGACUGCCCCCACCGUCUCAGCCAUCGGGUCAGCAGGCUUUCGGUGGCUAUCCUCAAUAUGGCGGUGGUUUUGGCAGCCACCAAAGCGCUCACCAGAAUACUGGAUAUGGCGGGUAUGGUUCUAAUACCGGAUUCGGCACUUACGGUGGUUAUGGUGGUGGCAGAGGUUGGAAUGGUAGCUACGGCUCUGGCCAUUAGACCCCUUGGUCUGCCUGAAGCAUGCCGGUAUCAUAUCUCUCCUCUGUUCUAUUAGUGGAGUCGAAAGUUCUCUUCCUCGCAAAAAGGAAUCAUGGCGAAUGCAGGAGCAAGAUAGCGAAAAGUUUCUGUUGACCAGGUCUGUCUCCGUUUUGCGGGGAGAAGGGGUUUUCUGAUUUCUCUUUUCUUUAUCGACUUGUACUUGUACACAACACAUCAAAAUCGUCGGGUGAAAGUUGCGACUGGAACGGGGUCUUGGUCUGGUCAAGGGUGGACAAACCAAAAUUGUCAUCAUGGGUUGUCGGUCGCUGCGAUCGAAACGGAGCAAAAGUGGUCGAGUCAGUGACUGGAUGGUCUGCUAAGUCACUGAUCUACGAGUAUUUCCCCAAUGGAUGGGCCGGGCGUCUCUUUGCCUUAGGUAGCAUGAGAACUUGAUCGAGUUCCAAGGUCACUGACAAUGUAUCACUUCAAACCCUCAAAUCAAGGGCCACGCUCAAAAGGCAG